ACGCUGUCUGAUCUGGAGAGAGAGGAAGGAUAUUAGCAAGUCUCGGGCAUUAUUGAAAACCACCUGGAAGAACUAAGAAAACAAAAUCAAACAAUGUUUUUCUUCCUUUUCAACACGAAAUCUGCACCUGGAAGAAGGACCCUUUCUCUGACUCUUCUGUUCAUCUGAGAACAAGGUGGCAGGACUUAAUGCAAAUGAACGAAGAGGAAACUGUCAGCUGCAUUGUGCUUCAACCAAUAGAAGCACAGCUCCAUCUUGGAUGUGCACUGGACUGCAUUACAAACAGACGAUACCAUCGCUUCAACAGCAGCCUUCAGACAAGAGCCAUUACUUCUUGAUUCAGGUCACCUGUCUUCGAAGAGGACCUAGGAGACAGAAAUACACUGAGCCAAGAAGGUGAGAAGGAUCCACAAAGAUUCAAAAGAACCAAUACAAGAAGUAUAUAAUCCCUAAGAAUGGCCUCCCUGAGCUCCAGCCUCUGGAAUGAAACAACUACAUCUGUUUAUCAGUACCUGGGUUUUCAAGUUCAAAAAAUUUACCCUUUUCAUGAUAACUGGAACACUGCCUGCUUUGUCAUUCUGCUUUUAUUCAUAUUUACAGUGGUAUCUUUAGUGGUGCUGGCUUUCCUUUAUGAAGUGCUUGACUGUUGCUGCUGUGUAAAAAACAAGACUGUGAAAGACUUGAAAAGUGAACCAAACCCUCUUAGAAGUAUGAUGGACAACAUCAGAAAACGUGAAAUUGAAGUGGUCUAGCACUCUAUCUAAGAUGAACAAAAUCUCUGAAAAUAGCCUCCAACUGCUGAGAAAAAAAAGGAAAAUUUUCUGAGGCCAGCUCUUAUAAAAUUGACUCUGAGGGGUGCCUGGUGGUUCAGUCGAUUAAGCAACCGACCAGCUCGCAUCAUGAUCUCACAGCUCAUGAAUU